AUGAUGAGCAAAAAUGUCGCCUGCUUGGUUUUUCUUGUUCUUGCAGUCUGUUACGUUCACUCUGCUCCACACGACUUCAGAGCCAAACGAGCCAUAAAUCCGUUCUUGGACUCGAUGGGCAAACGAGCUGUCAACCCAUUCCUUGACUCUAUUGGCAAGAGAUCCUUCCACCCAGAUGUCAUUUCUGAGGAGAAGCGAUACUUCGACAGUUUGGCUGGGCAGUCAUUGGGAAAACGGUCCAACAACCGAUACGAGAUGUCCGAUAACUAUUUCUAA